AUGGAUUCAUAUGCCCACAAUCUCCACAUCUUCUUCCUCCCCAUGAUGGCCCCCGGCCACAUGAUCCCGAUGAUCGACAUAGCCUGGAAAUUCGCAACGCACGGCGCGAAAUCGACCAUCAUCACCACACCCGUAAACGCAUCCCAAUUUUCCCAAACCAUCGAACUCGGCCGCGAAAAAGGCCUCCAAAUCGAAAUCUCCCUCGUCGAGUUCCCUUGCCGCGAGUCGGGCCUUCCCGAGGGAUGCGAAAACCUCUCCUCUACAACCACUCCACAAAUGUCCAUAAAUUUCUUAAAAGCCCUCGACUUUCUCCAAGAGCCCGUUGGAGACAUGCUUCGGAAGGCCCGACCGGACUGCAUAGUCGCCGGAGGAUACUUCUGGUGGGCCACCGAUUUGGCCACUGAGCUCGGGAUCCUUCGAGUGGGCUUCUACGGGACGGGCUUCUUCCCCAUGUGUCUCUUUAGGAGCCUGAGGCAAAACAAGCCGCACGAGAAGGUCGACUCGGAUUACGAGGAAUUUGUGGUUCCGGGAGUCCCGGGUGAUAUCAAGAUCACGAGAAAACAGCUCCCGAGCAUCAUAACGGGAGACAACAAGCAUCCCCUUGCCGAUGUGCUGAAUAAGGCUUUCAAUUCCGAUCAGUCGAGCCUUGGGAUGAUUGUGAACACGUUCCACGAACUCGAGCCCGAAUACGCGGCCCACUAUAGGGAUGCCCACGGAGUGAACACGUGGCACGUGGGGCCCGUCUCGCUCUUCGGCGGGCGAGCCGAUUCCGAUGGGAACAACGAGUGCCUGAGGUGGCUCGACUCGAAGGAGCCCAACUCGGUUGUGUACGCGUGUUUUGGCAGCAUGACAUUUUUUCGAACACCUCAGCUGCGUGAGAUAGCGAAGGGGCUCGAAAGCUCCGGGCGGCAAUUCGUGUGGGUUGUGAGGGGGGAAAGCGUAAAUGCGGACUGGCUGUUCGGCGAGUUUCAGGAGAGGGUGCAGGGGAGGGGGCUGGUGGUCGGCGGGUGGGCCCCACAGGCACAGAUCUUGGAGCACGCGGCGGUGGGGGGGUUCGUGACGCACUGCGGGUGGAACUCGCUGAUGGAAGGGGUGGCGGCGGGGGUGCCUAUGGUGACGUGGCCGGUGACGUCGGAGCAGUUCCUUAACGAGAAGCUGGUGGCGGAGGUGCUGGGGUUUGGGGUUCCGGUGGGGGCGGAGGCGUGGAGCGAGAGGCUGGAGGAAGGGGAGUGCGUGGAGGGGGAGAGGAUAGCGGCGGCGGUGGGGGAAGUGAUGGGCGGCGGCAGGGAGGGGGUGAGGCGGCGGGCGAGAGAAGUGGGGGCUGCGGCGAGGAGGGCGGUGGAGGAAGGCGGGUCGUCGGAGAUUGAGUUCCGGCGUCUGGUGGCGGAGAUCAGGGGAUACCGCUGUGCUUGA